GACCAUCGUUUCAACUUAUCGACUUUUAUCGUUGACUUCAGCCUCACUCGUCAUGGGUGACGCAGGGUUCUUCAAAGGUACUUCGAGCGAGCAGGAUACUCGCUUCAAAGACAAAGAAAAGUCGCUGCUCAAAUCCAUCAAUUUUCCUAAGGAACUCGAUAAGAAGGUUGAUAUGCGCAAAGUCGAGAUGACGGUGAUGAGGCCAUGGAUUGCGCAAAAAGUGAUGGACCUUCUUGGCUUCGAGGACGAAGUCGUGGUAGAAUAUGUCAACGGUCUUUUGGAGGAUCCAGCGAAUCCAAUUGUGGACCCUAAAAAGAUGCAGAUCAAUCUCACCGGUUUCCUCGAAUCCAAAACGGGCCCUUUCAUGUCUGAGCUUUGGGUCCUUUUGUUAUCUGCGCAAGACUCGCCUCUCAAAGUCCCCGCCAUAUUCAUUGAACAGAAGAAGGCAGAACUACGUCAACGUGAGCAGGCAGACAUGGAGGCCCAAGCAGCGGUAAAGCAACGACAAGAGCUUGAAGCUGCAAAGGAACGUAAGAUAGCGGACAUCAGGCAAAGGGAGAGAGGGUUUCCUGGCUCCAACAACAAUACCUCAGGUCGACCUCGAUAUCAAACUGAACAAGGACCAGCGCGUGGAGGGACGAGACACUCCGGUAACGGAAACUACAAUCGCAAUUCGAGCUUUGUACCACCGCGUGAUCGUGAUUCAGGUUGGGCAAGCCGUGCAGGUGGUAGUCGAGAUAACAAUACAGUCAACAGGCACCGGACUAGGUCUCGUUCGCCUGAUCGCUUGUACUCCCCUCGCCGUAGAGAACGCUCUCCAUCACCUCGCCGAGAGCACUCACCCCGUCGAGACAGAUUGCGCUAUCCUCGCCGUCAGCGCUCCCGAUCAAGAUCCCAUUCACCAAUCCAUAGUCGAUAUGAUCGAGAUGUUUCCUCAUCUCAUCGCCGACGGCGCACUUCUUACUCCCGCUCGCCACAGCGACAGAGAUCACCUGCUAGAUCGAAUCGCCACCAGAAUUCAAUAUCCCCAACACUCAAGCGUCGCGCGUCCCCAGCGCGACCUCCAAGAAGCGAGAAGUCUGCUCAUUCUAUACACUCGAAAGAUAGUCUUUCUUCAGCUCAUCGUCGGAAGCACUCUGGUUCUUCAUUAGAACAUGAUUAUCAUCACACUAAGCAUAGGAGUCCGCCGUAUGAAGCCUGCGGACGUGAUCAUAACCAAAGGGACCGUGAUCGACCCCAGAUACUCCACUCACCCCACUCUGAAGGGGUGGGAAUCUCAAUCAAAGGCAUAGCUUCGAAACGCGCCGUUCACGACCACGAUGAACUUUCAAAGCGCUUAGAUGUACACCCCGCUGAAGUUGUCGAUGCCAAUAGCGAUGGCGACCCACCUAAAGCUAGUGCUUCUUCUUGACUCGACUCUUAUCUUUCUUAUUUGUUUUCAAUCCUGCUGAUUUCAAACUUUCACUCGCAGUCCCGCACAGACAUCGUGAGCCAAAAUACCAAAGAACGUCUACUGCGUGAGAAAGUCAAAUCCUCGAUGCAUCUGAGGAAUUGAGAAGAAUUUGUUUUUAUGGGCUCUGUAUCUGCACUUAGCGUCACUAAAAUGGUCUAUCCUGUGCAAUAUUGCUUUGUUUAUUAUC